AUCGCCUGCGAGCAAGUCGUGGCGGUCGCGAGUGGGUUUUAUUCGUUCUAAUGCAAGCGUGUAAUCGGUACACUAAUGGUGACAAAUUGAACGUAAAAUUGAAUUGAACUAAUCUGAACUCGAACCAGUGAUCUGGAAGAUAGAGAAAUUAAAUAUUAUUAAUAACAUCGUUUCAAUAAGUAUAACAGUUCAUUUGUGAUGUAUAAACAACGGUGAAUAAUUAUAAACUUUAAAAAGUUGAUUAUCAUGUCAUAAUGGAUGUUGGUCCACCAAGAAUUGGUUUUUGAAGAAAUAUUCGUUACAGCUAAAAUAUUAGACUGUGCAGGUGGUCCGAUAAAGCAAAUAAAUAUGUCAAACAAAUCACAGACUCUAUUGGAUAUAUUCCAAGAAAUUCUCGCUGCGUCUGGGGAUUCGUCGGAUAGUAGCAUCAAUGAAACUCAGAUACUAUCCAUGCUACGGGAACAGGCUACCAAGAAUGGAGGAAAUGAUAACUUCGAAACUGUGUUGGUUAAGAUGAUGAAAGAUGCGAAGAGGCAUCUAAAUUUUACAUUGAAGCCAGACACAUGCGGAUACUGCGAGGGAGAUUUUAGAGACAUUAUUGAAGCUUACAACAGUAUACAUGGAUAUGUUAGCUUAUUGGUAUGCACAAUUGGAGUAAUAGCGAAUACUAUGAAUGUAGCGGUGCUGACUCGGAGAGACAUGGCGGCGGCACCAAUUAACAGACUUCUCAAAUGGCUUGCGGUCGCUGAUGUCUUUGUCAUGUUGGAAUACGUGCCUUUCGUCAUAUACAGAUAUUUGGUUUUACCCGAGAAAUUGGAUUUUCCUUACUCAUGGGCUAUGUAUCUUUUAUUUCACAUGCAUUUCGCUCAAAUACUGCACACGGCCUCAAUUUGUUUGACUUUAUCCCUCGCAAUAUGGAGAUACAUUGCGAUAAAAUAUUCCGACAGAAGUCACAUUUUAUGUACAGAAAGGCGUUGCAGUAUAGCUAUACUCACCAGUUUCAUACUGCCUCCGAUAUUAUGUACGCCUACGUUCAUGGUCUUUGAUAUUCACACAACGAAUGUCACGGAUGUCCAUGGCAAUCCUGACAUAGUAUACCACGUCGACUCGGACUAUCAAGGUACACUAUAUCAGGCCAACUUUUGGGUACAUGCCGUUGUAAUUAAACUACUUCCAUGUUCGAUCUUGACAGUUAUAAGCGUUUGGCUUAUAAGGGCAUUGUACAGCGCCAAUCGACAUCAGAAGAAUUUAAGGAAUUACAGCGCUUGCCCCGCCGCUGAGAAAAUGGUAAAAAGGCAAAACAAGGCCGAUAAGAGAACAGAUAGAACGACGAAGAUGUUACUUGCUGUGCUGCUGCUUUUUCUUGUGACUGAACUUCCUCAAGGAAUCUUGGGGUUAAUGAGUGGGCUGUUGGGGUGGUGUUUCUUCAAGAGAUGCUACGAUUUGUUUGGGGAGCUAAUGGACUUCCUUGCGCUGUUGAAUGGUGCUAUCAAUUUUGUGCUUUACUGUUCCAUGUCGAGGCAGUUCAGACAAACCUUUAGACAGAUGUUGCUGCAACCGCCUUUGGCUCGAUUUAUGCCACCGACGAUGUCACACUCGGAUUCACAAAACCAGAACACGUGCACGGAAAAGGUUAAAAGAUAACUACAGCAAAGCUUCAAUAUAAAUAUGAAUUGCAAAAACAUCGAUACCUUGAGGGCGACGUAAACAGCAGAGUGCUGCUCCGGAAAAUUGUGAACAUUUUCUAUAAUGUUUAAAGAAGGUUUUAAGAUAUGUAUCUAAAAGUACAGAUCUUCAGUGAGGGAAAAAACUUUUGUUACCUAUGUGAAAAUUUACUCACGAUUGUAAUUAGCUAGAUAAAUUUAUUCUUAUUGUGGUCGAUUUUAUUAGAGCAGACAAUUAUGAGGUUGAUGUAGUUAUAAUAUUUACUUAAUAAAUAUAUAUACUUAUGACUAUUAAUUCCGAUGAGAUAGUUAAAGACAUUUGUAGACUUGUUAUGAAUGAUUUGCUCUCAUUUUAAAGAGAAUAUUGUAAUAUAACGCAGCAGAGGGUGAGUCCUUUUCUUGGAUUCCUAUUUGUAGUAUGGUAAUAGUCGACAAUGUUCCUAUUUUUCCGGUCUCCGAUAAUGGUCAUGAGCAAUUUUUAAAUAUUAAUAAAUUUUUAUUUGAUUAGAAGAAAUGGGUAUAAAUACAAGCCAAAGUCUAGUGAUAAUGUUCAUAAUCAUUUAGUAGAAAUAGCACAAAAAAUAUUUUCGUAGUUGUUGUGCCCUGGGAUUUUUUGUACAUAAAUUAAGAUAAAAUAAACUGUAAAGGAUUUAAAUUAUAUGUCUUAAGCAAAAUAAAGCAUCACGUGAGCAAUUUGACUCGAUAACAUAUUAUAUAUAAUAAUCCAUAUUUUAUAAAACAAAUUAAAAUAUUUCAGUGUUGCAAAUAAUUCGAUUAAAAAUUCCCCGGUUCAGACGGAAUUUUAAAUUUUACAUUGUAAACUAUUUUUUCUCACGUAAUACAAAUAUGUAUAUUGUAUAUAAAUUAAUAUACUUACGUAUAUUAAUAAAAAUGGUAGUCAAUGGUUCAGACAACGAUUACAGAUUUCCAAUCAAUUCUCAAAUAUUAAUCAAAGUAAUAGAUGAAUAAGCAUCAUUAUUGCCUAUUUUCCUUGUUUUUUUUCGGAUAUAUGUAGAUGUUAGAAAUUUAUAUUGUUUUUGUAUAUCAACUAUACAGCAUAUAUUUUAUUUUACAAUUUGUAAUAAAUUCUGUAACAAAUCUGGUAUCCCUAAUUACGCAGGCAUCAAGAAAUAUGUUUGCUUAUAUUUGGCAAAGUGUUUGUAUCGAUGAUUCUUUACAAACGCCUUCAUCUAAAAGUUUAUAAUAUAAUAUUGAUUAAUAAAUAUCCAAAUGUAUUUAUAAACUAUCACAUUCGUAACAAUAGUAAGAUUUCAGCCGUUGUUUCUUGAUGAAGGUUGAUCAGUUCUAUGAAUAUUGUUAUAGAGCUUCGGGUUGGUUAUAUAACUAAAACAAUAAUUGUGUUAUUCUUGCAAGUCUAAAAAUUUUAUUAGGUAGUUAAAACCUAAGAGUAAUGUACACGUAUUAAAGAAAGUAUUCAAUAUAGUUUACCUAUGCAUUUUAAACAAAUUGUUUAUUCAUCCUGUUAUAGCAGUAAUGUUUUGUUGUUGUAAAGGUAGGUCAAAUUUUUGAAAUAUACGAGAAUAUUUAUGUAUCAAAGGGAAUAUUCUAUUGAAAUAAUCUCUUUCAUUUCAUUACAUAGGUUGCCAUUGGUAACACAAUUUGAAUUGUCAUCGUUAAGGACUUAUAAGCUUGUAUUCGUUAUGUUUCACUAUUGUCUUGCUUUAUACUAAUAAUAUUGUUUUUGCAUUAUGUUUAGAAUCAAAUUAAUAAUAUAUUGAUUACUUUAUAUAAAAAUACUUUUUGUUGGCUAUUCAUUACUUUUUAAGGAAAAUAUUGUUUAUUGGCUGUUAAUUAUGUCUAAAAAAGAUUAACCUCAUUACAGAAACUUAAAUGCGACGUUGUUUAAAUUGACAGCUGCUUAUCAUAUUAAUUAGUGACAGAUUAAAGUUAUUUAACAUUUAUAAGUAAUUUUUAUUAUUAUGUAAGAUAUUAUUUAAAAAUCUAGUCAUUGUUAUAUAAAAUUACACAGUAUUGUGAAUAAGAAAUUGUUGUUUACACUGGGCAUAUACAUAUAUAUUACGAAAAUUUUAUUAGGAAGGUUUUUUCAAAGUUUGAUUUUAACGUAUGUACUUUGUUAUGCGAUGACUUUGCAAACAACUUUAAUGAUGAUUAUUAAUCGAAAGGGUUUACAUUAAUUUUACUUUCACACUAAUUUAAUCAUGAUUUAUAUUAAACCGAUGUAUUUGAAAAAAGUAAAUCCAAAAUAAUUGAAAUGAUGUCAACUAUGAUGACUCCAAAUAUAAGUAAUGAAAAUAAUAAAUUUGAUGAAAUAUAUUUAAGUACACUGUUAAUGUUCUACACAAAUCUAGCUCAUUCAUUGAACAUAUUUUGAAAUAAUGUAAUAAAGAACCUGUUAUAAUAUGACAAUUAUAACGGGUGACGGCAUUUGUUUGUUUUAUAAAGCUAUUAUAGGUACACAAUAAACAGGUUUGUGACAAAAAUAUUUUAAAAAUCAAGAUUUUAUAGCUUUUUAGUUUCAUUACAAAACUCUGGGCACUACACAGAGCUAUAGUUUUUGUUAAGGCAAACGAAAUCAAACAACAGACUUAUAAUCUGUAGUUUGCGAAUUCCUAUAGUAACCAUCUGUCAAUAUAAUCAGACCAGCUCGAUGGUAUAUAAUAUUUUAUUGUUACAGAACUUACAUAAGUAUGUAUUUAUAAAGAAUAUGUAAAAUUUCAGCAUAAUUGGACGCUAGCAAGUUGUAAAAAAUAUGGUUCGCAAAUUUUGAACGUAAAGACAUACUAAAGUAAGUUAAAUAAUAUGCCUGCAAUAAGAAAAAUGUUUCUGAAUAUAUAUCUGUAGUAUAUUUUUUACACCUAAUUAUAAUAUAUUAAAAUGAGAGGGAAAAUUAGAAUAUCAUAUACAAAUUGUACUGCUUUGACUUUUUAAGUGAUUCCCUUUAACUUGUAUCUACCUAUUCAACAAUAAACUCGAAUAUUUCCAAUUUAAUUAGUUCUUUUUAAAUAUAAAAGCUAUAUUCUCAUAGUGAGUAGGCGCUAUAUUCAUUUAGUCUACAUCGAAUUAUUUAUAUUGAUUCAUCAUUAAAAUAAACGCUAGUCUACGGGUACCUAUUGAUAUAUGUUAACUUUUAAAUUUAAUAUAUAUGUAUUAAGUGUGAUGUUAACUAAGCUACUAAAUAAAAUUUUUGAUAGUUCAUGUCUAACUUAUUACACGAUAUAGUAAUAUAAUAGUCUUUUAUGUAAAUGAGUACAGGAAUAUGUAUUUAUCGCCAAGUUAGCAAGUAAAUUUAAUAUUGUUUAAUCACAUUUCAUCGAAAAAAGGCUAACUUUCGUAUACUUAUGAUUCGUAAAAAAAUUUUUUAUUUGUAUAUAGAUGUAUUAGUUUUGUGAUAUCGUGUUAAAAUCCGAAACGAGGAUAUCCGCAAAAGAUCCAAAGUAACUGACAUAGCCCGAAGGAUAAGCCAGCUGAAAUGGCAAUGGGCUGGUCACAUAGCUCGAAGAACCGACAACCGAUGUGGAAGAAAGGUUCUUGAAUGGCGACCCCGUACGAGCAAACGCAGUGUAGCACGAUCUCCUAGUAAAUGGAGUGACGACCUGAAAUGCAUUGUAGUGAGUCAGUGGAUGCAGGUGAAUCAGGACCGUUUUUUAUCGUAGUCUAUGGGGGCGGUUUAUGUCCAGCAGUGGAUGGAUAAUGGUUGCAAUGAUAUUGAUAUUAGUUACACCUGUUAAAAAAUAAAACUAUGAAAAACAUAUUAUGUAUAGGUAGUUAUAGUAAACGUCCUAUAUUUGAUGACUUUAAAAAUAUAUUAUAUUUGAUAGCGGAAAGACAUUGAUGUGAUCCAAGUAUAUGUACAUAUAUCUGGUAAAGAAUACAAUUUAAGAACACGCUAUUUGCAAAUAAAAAUAACUGUGCAGCGAGUUUUAUAUUUGCAUCCGUAGCAUGUAGGUACUAAAUCGCAAGAUAUACCUAUUAUUAUUAUACCUAUUAUAUAUAUUCGCCGGAUUUGGCCCCGUGUGACUUCUUCUUGUUCCCAAAAACCAAAUUGGUACUUCGGGGGCGGCAUUUGGGGGACAUAAAUGAGAUAAAAAAAGCUACGACGGGGCAGCUGAGAAACCUACAACCAGAGGACUUUCAAGGAGCCUUCUCACAGUGGAAACGGCGUUGGCACAAGUGCAUUAUGUCACAGGGGGAGUACUUUGAAGGGGAUAAAAUUGAUUUACCUGAAUAAUUGUAAAAUAAAAUUUUUAAAAAACUUUUAUACGAACUUUCCGGACAGACCUCGUAUUAUAUAUAUAUUUAUACUUAUAUUAUGGUAUUGCUCUCAUAUCAUUACAGACUGAGUCCUUGGAUAUGUUUAUUGAAAGUUUAUUAGGUGUAAUAAUUUAUUAUAUUAUUUACUUCCAUUAGUGAAAACCUAUUUUCUUAUUACGUUUUCAGCAAGUAACUGUUAACUCGAUAUAGUGUUUUAAUUCGGAUUUUCCUUUUAGUGCACUGUGCGAAAGUAGGAAAGUUAAAUAAAUCGUGCUUUGUUCUCCUAGUCACGUUUCACGACUUCCUAGUCAUGAAAAGAAGUUUUGGCAUAUUGUAUAUUUACUCCGUAAUUAUAUGAAGAGAUGGAAUGAUGAAUAGUAAAUAUCCAUAUAUACUCUUAUAAUAUAAUUAUAACUAGACGUUGUUUGUAGAUAGGAGAUAUGUAAAAAAAAAUAUAUAAGGAUCAUAAGGGUAAUGGCAGAUAAAACAAAAUUUCUUUUGAAUUUUUGUCUGUAUGUUUUAUUGGUAUUCUCGUAUGCGGAAUUGUGCUAAAACUAAUACACCGUAUUAGAUGUAGUUUGCAUCUUCGUGUUUCCGGAGGUUGAACUUGAAAUUUGUUGUUUUUUGGUUAAGCCAACUAGUAGUCUAUUGCAUUGGGAAAGUCGCGGGCAAAAACUAGUUGAACACAAAUAAUUUUUAUGUCGAAAAAUAAACAUAAAAAUCAGUAUGUAUCGAAAUAAUUUAUGGAAUUAGUUUCUGAAUCGAUAUUAAAUACAUUAUAUACUCGAUAUAACUUUUUCAAUUUUAAAUAAAAAUAUGAUUUUUAAUGAAUAUUAAAAUUUUGUAAAACCUUUUUAAUUAUAUUUUGCUGUAAGAAUAAAAAAAAUAUGUCAACUACUACUGCUACUUAAUCCGAAAUCUUGUUAGUUGUUAUUAAAAUACGAGUUUGAUGACCUGUAUAUUAAAUAUACCUACCUUAAUAAAUAACUUAUUAUAUUUGUAUUAUUUACGAAAUCGUGGAAAAUAACUUUAUCGAAAUAUAUUUCUUGGAACAUUGUAUUAUAAUUGACUUAGAUUCUGUAUUUUUAUUUGCGCCUUGUAUGUACAUUGUAUCUAAUCCUACUAAGUACGAAUAGGUACUUGUUUGAGCGGUUCACUCACUACACGUUUAUUUUAAUUAUUUUAUGAAGUGUUUAUAAUUAGGUGAAUUUAAGUAAUUUAGGUAUUUGUAAAUAGACUGAGAGAAAAUUUACAAAGUCCACAUUAUGCUUGUUAUAUGUAGUGUAAAUAUUUAAGCUUUUUAUUAUAAACAAUAAAGUAACUUUGUAC